AUGUCACCACCUCUGAAUCCCCUCCUUCUCCUGGCCCUGGGCCUCAGACUGGCUGGAUCCCUCAGCCCCAGUGACCCCAAUGCCUGCAGCUUCUGGGAAAGCUUUACCACCACCACCAAGGAGUCCCACUCCCGCCCCUUUAGCCUGCUUCCCUCGGAGCCCUGCAACAGACCCUGGGAGGGUCCCCACAUCUGCCCACGGCCCACGGUCAUCUACCGGACUGUGUACCGCCAGGUGGUGAAGACAAACCACCGCCAGCGUCUGCAGUGCUGCCAGGGUUUCUACGAAAGCAGCAGCGGGGCUUGUGUCCCGCUGUGUGCCCAGGAGUGUGUCCAUGGCCGCUGCGUGGCGCCCAAUCAGUGCCAGUGUGUGGAAGGCUGGCGGGGUGACGACUGCUCGAGUGCAUGUGAUCCAGGCAUGUGGGGACAGCAGUGUGACAAGCCCUGCAACUGUGGCAACAGCAGUUCCUGUGACCCCAAAAGUGGAGUGUGUUCCUGCCCCUCUGGCCUGCAGCCCCCUAACUGCCUUCAACCCUGCCCUCCUGGCCACUAUGGUCCUGCCUGCCAAUUUAGCUGCCAGUGCCAUGGGGCACCCUGCAACCCCCAGACUGGAGCCUGCUUCUGCUCUCCAGAGAAAACUGGGCCCAACUGUGAGAAGCCCUGUGCCCAGGGCACUGCUGGCUUCUUCUGCCCCAGCACCUGUCCUUGCCACAAUGGGGGUGUCUGCCAGGACUCCCUGAGCCCUUGCAGCUGUCCACCUGGCUGGACGGGCACCAUUUGUUCGCUGCCCUGCCCAGAGGGCUUCCACGGACCCAACUGCUCUAUGGAAUGUCUCUGCCACAAUGGUGGCCUGUGCGACCGAUUCACAGGGCAGUGUCAUUGCACUCCAGGUUACACGGGGGAUCGGUGCCAAGAAGAAUGUCCCGUGGGCCGCUUCGGGCAGGACUGUGCAGAGACAUGCGACUGUGCUCCUGGUGCCCGUUGCUUCCCCGCCAACGGCGCUUGUCUGUGCGAACAUGGCUUCACCGGGGACCGCUGCACCGAACGCCUCUGCCCCGACGGACUUUAUGGCUUCAACUGCCAGAUGCCCUGCACAUGCGAUCCUCUGCACAGCCUCAGCUGCCACCCAAUGAACGGAGAAUGCUCGUGCCUGCCAGGCUGGGCAGGUCUUCACUGCAAUGAGAGCUGCCCCCAGGACACGCACGGGCCAGGCUGCCAGGAACACUGCCUUUGCCUCCAUGGCGGCGUCUGCCAGGCUGACAGCGGCCUCUGCCGGUGCGCGCCGGGCUACACGGGCCAGCACUGCGCUAGCCUCUGUCCCCCCGACACUUUUGGGGUCAACUGUUCCUCACGCUGCUCUUGUGAAAAUGCCAUCGCCUGCUCACCCAUCGACGGCGCGUGCAUCUGCAAGGAAGGUUGGCAGCGUGGUAACUGCUCUGUGCCCUGCCUGCCUGGAACCUGGGGCUUCGGUUGCAAUGCCAGCUGCCAGUGUGCCCACGGAGCAGCCUGCAGCCCCCAAACUGGAGCCUGUACCUGCUCUCCUGGGUGGCAUGGAGUCCACUGCCAGCUGCCCUGCCCUAAGGGGCAAUUUGGCGAAGGCUGUGCCAGUCGCUGUGACUGUGACCAUGCUGAUGGCUGCAAUCCUGUUGAUGGACAAUGCCAGUGCCAGGCUGGCUGGACAGGCAUCCGUUGUCACCUGCCCUGCCCUGAUGGCUUCUGGGGAACCAACUGCAGCAACACCUGUAUAUGCAAGAAUGGGGGCACCUGCAUCCCUGCAAAUGGCAACUGUGUGUGUGCACCUGGAUUCCGAGGUCCCUCCUGCCAGAGAACCUGUCAGCCUGGCCGCUAUGGCAAACGCUGUGUGCCCUGCAAGUGUGCUAACCACUCCUCCUGCCACCCCUCGGAUGGGACCUGCUACUGUCUGGCUGGCUGGACAGGCCCUGACUGCUCCCAGCCAUGCCCCCCAGGACGCUGGGGAGCCAACUGUGUCCAGACUUGCCAGUGUCGCCAUGGCGGGAUCUGCCAACCCCAGGAUGGGAGCUGUAUCUGCUCUCCAGGCUGGACUGGACACCUCUGCUUGGAAGGCUGCCCUCCAGGGAUGUUUGGUACCAACUGCUCCCAGCCUUGCCAGUGUGGACCUGGAGAGAGGUGCCACCCAGAGACAGGGGCCUGUGUGUGUCCGCCAGGGCACAGCGGUGCCCCCUGCAGGAUUGGAAGCCAGGAGCCCUUCACCAUGAUGCCUACCUCUCCAGUGGUCUAUAACUCUCUGGGGGCAGUGAUUGGCAUCGCAGUGCUGGGGUCGCUGGUGGUGGCACUGGUGGCACUGUUCAUUGGUUACCGACAUUGGCAAAAAGGCAAGGAGCACCAACACCUGGCAGUGGCCUACAGCAGUGGGCGGCUGGAUGGCUCUGAAUACGUCAUGCCAGAUGUCCCUCCGAGCUACACUCACUACUACUCCAACCCCAGUUACCACACCUUGUCCCAGUGCUCACCUAACCCCCCGCCCCCGAACAAGGUUCCAGGCAGUCAGCUCUUUGCCAGCCUCCAGGCCCCUGAGCGGCCUGGUGGAGCCUAUGGGCAUGAUAACCAUGCCACCCUGCCUGCUGACUGGAAGCACCGUCGGGAGCCCCCACCCCCUGUGGACAGGGGUAAUAGCCGCCUGGACCGGAGCUACAGCUAUAGUUACGGCAAUAGUAAUGGCCUUGGUCAGUUCUAUAGUAAAGGGCCCAUCUCCGAGGAGGGGUUGGGGGCCAGUGUGGCUUCCCUGAGCAGUGAGAACCCCUAUGCCACCAUCCGGGACCUGCCCUGCCUGCUAGGGGGCCCCCGAGAGAGCAGCUAUGUCGAGAUGAAAGGCCCCCCGUCAGGCUCUCCUCCCAGGCAGCCUCCUCAGCUCUGGGACAACCAGAGGCAGCGACACAAUGAGCCACAGAGAGACAGCGGCACCUAUGAGCAGCCCAGCCCCUUGACCCAUGACCGAGAUUCUUUGGGCUCUCAGCCCCCCUUGCCUCCAGGACUGCCCCCCGGCCACUAUGACUCACCCAAGAACAGCCACAUCCCUGGACACUAUGACUUGCCCCCAGUACGGCAUCCUCCCUCACCCCCACUUCGGCGCCAGGACCGUUGA